AUGGACCAUUUAUUGGUUGUUCUGACCUCGACGAACCGCCUCCUGCUGUUGCCGUUUGUCUCUCGAUUUUUGUUAUCAGUCGAGUGCUAUUGUUGCAUAUAUAGCAAAUUGGAAGAAAAAAUCCCUACAGCUUCCCUAAAUCUGUUUGUCAGCAGGCAUAGCUGUACAUCAUUGUUGGUUUGGUUUGGUUUGAUUGAAACAAGUGUAUGA